AUGCGUGAGAUUGUGACGCUGCAGCUGGGUAGUCUCAGCAACUACGUCGCCACCCACUUCUGGAACACACAAGAGUCGUAUUUCACCUACACAGAAGAUGAGAAGUCGUAUGUCGACCACAACGUCCACUGGAGAGCGGGACUAGGCGAGGAUGGCUCGGAUACAUUUCUGCCGCGGACGGUGGUGUAUGAUUUGAAGGGCGGCUUUGGGUCGCUGCGCAAGAUGAAUCCCAUGUACGAUGCGCCGAGCGAGGAUGCAGCCGUGGCGUCUCUGUGGCACGGAAAACCAGCAGUCCACAAGGAAACCGCCGUCUCAGCCAUCGACUACCAAAGGGCCCUCGACGCCGGCAUCCAGCCAGCCUCCAAGCUCGCCGCCUCAGACGUGCGCUACUGGUCCGACUUCUCGCGCGUCUACUACCAUCCCAAGUCGCUCGUGCAGCUCUACGACUUUGAGCUGCACUCGAGCAUCAUGCCCUUUGAGCGGCACUCCAUGGGCACGGAGCUGUUUGCCUCGCUGGAGAAGGAGGAUGAGAUUGUCGACCGCGAUUGGAGGCCGUUUGUGGAGGAGUGCGACCAGAUGCAGGGCGUGCAGGUGUAUACCACGCUGGACGAUGCCUGGGGAGGCUUUGCGGGCUCGUAUUUGGAAGCGUUGCGGGAUGAGCAUCCGAAGACGUGUAUUUGGGUCUGGGGGCUGCAGAGCCCCGUGUCGACGGUUGCGAGGGAGAAGAGACGCCUGAGGCUGGCGAAUACGGCGUUGAGUUUGAAUGAGGUUUGUGCGCAGGCGAGUAUGGUGGUGCCGCUUGCUGUGCCUGAGGGACGUCUUCCGAAUGGCGUUGGGGUGGAUUACAGUUCGGCGUGGAAUGUCUCUGCGCUUCUAUCUACGGCUGCGGAAAGCGCUUCACUGCCAUCGAGGCGACGGCUGGAUGGGAGAACCCAGCCGGUGAGUUUGGCUGAUAUGGCGGAGUGUCUGAAUGUAUCUGGGCGGCAGACGCUCGCGAAUAUGCGCAUGUCUGUGGGACCUGCGGCCUUGGAGUCGGAUGAGCUUCCGGAUAUGGAUCUGUCACAGAUUGGAAGUUUGAAAGAUGGUCCUAAGACAGGGAGCAGCAGCAGUCGAGCCUUUGGAAGACUAUCAGGCGUGCGAAGACCUGAUGACUCAAGCAAUGAGAAUGACGAGUCUGCGGCAAACGAGCGGCCCAUUAUUGGGAACACCGUCGUACGAAACUACGAAACAUCCCUCCUCUACCCCCUCCUUGACAGCUUCCCGUCAAUAUACAACUACAAUGUUGAAGACGCAAACAACAUUGCCGUUCACACGUCUCUUGCGUCAGAUGGCUCGAUUGUGUACAAGAUGAAGGAUCUACGAUCACGGGUCGCCUUGAGCAUCCCGCUGGAAGACAGGGAGAAUCUAGCGAAUGGCUUGGCUGAGCUGGGAGCCGCGUAUGAGGAUGACUGGUCUAGCGGUAGCGAUUUGGAUGAUGACGAUCUAUGA